UCGGGGCGCUCUGGUCGCGUUGGUGCCCAGGGACCCCGGUUCCCGCGAGCAGCUCGGCGCGGUGCCCGAUUAAGCUGAAACUGCUGCUCAGCUCCCAAGAUGGUGCCAUCCAAAUUGCAUGCGCUUUUCUGCCUCUGCAGCUGCCUCGCACGGGUUUAUCCUUUUGACUGGCAAGACCUAAGUCCUGUUACCCAAGUUAAAUCAUCAGCAUGGGUCAAUAAAAUACAAGCACUGAUGGCUGCUGCAACCUUCGGUCAAACUAAAAUCCCCAAAGGAAAUGGGUCUUAUUCUGUUGGUUGUACAGACUUGAUGUUUGAUCACACUAAUAAGGGCACCUUCUUGCGUUUGUAUUAUCCAUCCCAAGAUGAUGAUUACCUUGACACUGUCUGGAUCCCAAACAAAGAAUAUUUUUUGGGUCUUAGUAAAUUUCUUGGAACACACUGGCUUAUGGGCAAAAUUUUGAGCAUGUUAUUUGGUUCGAUGACAACUCCUGCAACCUGGAAUUCCCCUCUGAGAACUGGUGAAAAAUAUCCACUUGUUGUUUUUUCUCAUGGUCUUGGAGCAUUCAGGACAAUUUAUUCUGCUAUUGGCAUUGACCUGGCAUCUCAUGGGUUUAUAGUUGCUGCUGUAGAACACAGAGAUGAAUCUGCAUCUGCAACUUACUAUUUCAAGGACAAGUCUGCUGCAGAAAUAGGGAACAAGUCUUGGCUCUACCUUAGAACCAUAAAACGAGAGGAGAAGGAGGAGGAGAUGCAUAUACGCAAUGAGCAGGUACGGCAAAGAGCAAAGGAAUGUUCCCAAGCUCUCGAUUUGAUUCUUGACAUCGAUCGUGGAAGGCCAGUGAAGAAUGUACUAGAUUCAGAGUUUGAUCUGGAACAACUGAAAGACUCUAUCGAUAGGGCGAAAAUCGCAGUAAUUGGACAUUCUUUUGGAGGAGGAACAGUUGUUCAGGCUCUUAGUGAAGAUCAGAGAUUCAGAUGUGGUAUUGCCCUGGAUGCAUGGAUGUUUCCACUAGGUGAUGAAGUCUAUUCCAGAUUUCCUCAGCCCCUCUUUUUUAUCAACUCUGAACGAUUCCAAUAUCCUGCCAAUAUCAUAAGAAUGAAAAAAUGUUUCUUACCUGGUAGAGAAAGAAAAAUGAUUACAAUCAGGGGUUCAGUCCAUCAGAAUUUUGCUGACUUCACUUUUGCAACUGGCAAAAUAAUUGGAUAUAUAUUCACAUUGAAGGGAGAUAUAGAUUCAAAUGUAGCUAUUGAUCUCAGCAACAAAGCUUCAUUAGCAUUCUUACAAAAGCAUUUAGGACUUCAUGAAGAUUUUGAUCAGUGGGACGCUCUGAUUGAAGGAAAUGAUGCGAAUCUUAUCCCAGGGACCAACAUUGACACAACCAACCAACAAGUGACAAUACAGAACUCUACAGGAAUAGAGAACCAAGAUUAAAAGAGUUUUUUUAAAAAGAAGUUUUAUUUCAAAACUGUCUAAAAGUGUGUGUGUGUGUGUGUGUGUGUGUGUGUGUGUGUGUGUGAGAGAGAGAGAGAGAGAGAGAGAGAGAUUUUACAUUUUUUCCCCAAAGAACUCAUAUUAAACAAUACAGGUUGUGCUGUAAUAGUGAUUGAGCCUCAGACUAUGAUUUUUUUUUUCCUUUAAAUGUAAAGGAACACAGUAUACAAAAAUC